AUGCAUCAUCACGCAAUCCUCAUUGCAGGCUUAGCCGCCCUUGCUACUGCUAACCCAGCUCCUCAAAACAUUGAUUUCGCAGCAGUUAAUGCUGCUCCUCCUCCAGCAUUGACUGGUCCAGCUAUAACUGCCACCAAGGAAGUUGUCGUUAUCGACCCUGCCUCAGUCUCUGCUUCAGGUGCUGCCAAAGCCACCGGUCUCGCUACUGCUUCGGCAACUGUCUCCCAGAACAACAAGCGCGGUUGGGGUGGUGGAUGGGGAGGUGGAUAUGGAGGUUCCGGAGGAUGGGGUGCUCCAAGUUCUACUACCGUCAAGGCUUCUUCUACCUCGAUCUGCACCACCUCUACCGCUGCAGCUGCAACCAGCAUCGUCGUCCCGCCUACCACCACUGAUACUCCACCAGCAACCACUCCAUACGUCAGCACUCCAUGUGCCACUCAACCAGAUGGUUAUGGACCAAAGGUUCAACCAGAUACCGUUGAUGCUUUCCUCGCCUACGCCGAGUUCGCAUCUGAGGCAAAGAACGCCAAAACUCCUUCCGGUUACGAUCAAACCUUUGUUGAUCUCAACGCCGCAGUAACUGCCAACACCUACCUUGGACUCACCACCUUCACCAGCUACGAUGUUGCCCAAUGCGGUACUCUUUGCGAUAACACCAAACUCUGCACAGGUUUCAACAUCUACGUUGAGCGUGAUCCAUCCGUCAACCCAUCCGACGACUGCCCCAACCCAGCCUCCAUCACCAACUACAAGUGCACACUCUGGGGAUCCGGAGUGGACUCUGCUUCCGCCACCAACACCGGUCAAUACCGUGAUGGAUUCCAAGUCGUCAUCACCGGCUCCAACGGCUACUCCAAGACUGUUCCUCCUCCAACUCAGCCCGGUUGGGGACCACCUCAACAAUGCGGUGGAGGAUCCAAGGGACACUCUCACCCAUCUACCUGUUUGGGACAAGCCUUCUUCCCCGGUCCAUACAACCCAGCUGUCUGCGCCAGUUACGCCGCUGCUCAGAAUGCUAAGAAUCUUUCUCUCAUCUCCAUCUGGAUGCAAAUGAUCUACAGAUUCUUGAACUACUCUCCAUUCCAAUGCAAGUUCUUCAACUCCUACAUGUUGAAGAAGAAUGGUCAACCAAUGGGUACUUACUGUUCAUUGUUCACUCAAUCCUACUCCAGUGGACAAGCUACCUAUAUUCCUGGUGUAUCGGGAUCCGACACCUGGACUUGCGAGAGCUCUUACUCUUACACUAUCUCUAAGUAA